AUGCCUUUCGACGAAAUCACCGAGCACCUCGCGUUUGAGAUCUUCUCGCACGUCGCGGACCCGCGCGACCGCGUCGCGCUCGCCGCGACGGGCAGGGUGUGGAGGAACGCGGAGAAGCUCGACGCGUCGCUGCCUGGAACGCCCGGCGAGUUGUACGAGCUCGGUCGCGGGUUUUCCGACGCGGGAGAGUACUGGAAGGAGCUCUAUUGGUACCUUAAAGCGUCCGAUCGCGGCGACGCAGACGCCAUGUGGAGGAUCGCGAUAUGUUCCUACCAGGGCUACCCAGGCGUGACGCACUACGACGCGUUCAAGUGGCUCGAGAGAGCCUCCGCGUUGGAAAGAGCCCCUUCGCACUUUCAUGCGACCUUAACCUACUGGCUCGCGCGGUGCUACGUGAACGGGCACGGCGUGGAGCGCGACCCCUCGAAGGCGAUCGAGCUGCUCGUCAAGGCGGCGACGGAGAUGGGAUGUAGAACUGCCGCGAUUGAACUCGCGUACAUCUGCCAAGGCAGCUUCGUGGACUUGAAGCUCUACGUGCAGAAGCGAAACGUAGAGGAGGCGCUGAAGUGGUUUCGCCGCGUGGCGGAGCUCGGCGAACUCUGCCCCCUCGCUCAAGCCCGCGUGGACGAACUCGAGCGCGAGCUCGCGGGGGUGUAG